ACAACAUUCCUUUUUUAUGAUGUUUGUUCCGGAAAAAUUAAUGUACCGACACGAAAAAUAACAUCUAAUCGUGGUAUCAAUUCUUUUGACAUGAAGCUAUAGUCUGCCCGCUGGACCGUUGUUAUGGAAACCAAUGGGCAUUUUGCAGUACAGAAUGAAUAGAUAGAAUUAAGGACUUUAUUUUCGGGCAGUAAGCAUUUUGUGGAAUACUCCGGACGAUGACUGAACCGAGGAGAGUUUAAGAGGAACUAAAUGGUCUCGGAGCACAACGACAAGUCGAUUAGAAUUAAGCUUAAAAGAAAACCCAUUGAAAGAAUGUCUUUCGAAAAAGUCCUUUACAAAUAUGAGGAACCCCACGGACCGGGCGAUGUCUAUUUUAUAUGGCAGAAGACUCACGGUUCGUAUUUAGCUACCACCGGCAAUGACGGAUCUGUAGCGAUAUUCAAUCGCCAGGGUCAAGUUUUGGAAAGAAUAAUACUCUCGGGGCUGUGCUCGGGAUUUGCUUGGGACAACGAUGGCGAAUUAUUGGGCAUAAUUACGGCUACUUCGCCGACUAUCACUAUCUGGAAUGCAAAUACAUUGCAAAAGGUUGCAAUUGAGUCUGGCCUGAGGGAUCCCUUGUCAUGCGUGGUGUGGUCAAAGCAGGAUCAAAUAUUGGCAGUUGGAACGGCUCGAGGCAAUUUGGCCAUUUACAACCAUAAAACUGGAAAAAGGAUACCCGUUCUGGGGAAACACUCAAAGCGAAUUACAUGCGGCGCCUGGUCUGCCCAGAAUCUUCUGGCACUGGGCUCGGACGAUAAAACCUUCUCUUUAAGCAACGAGGAAGGAGAUUCCGUUCGGGUCGUCCAACUGCGUGACGUCCCGAGUGACAUGUAUUUCGCAGAAAUGGCCAAUGAUGACCGCAUAAGCGGCGACAAUGCAAUUAGCAUGAUAAUUGGCAAAAGGACUCUGUAUCUUUACUAUUUACCAGAACCUGACUCGCCCACCGAAUUGGGAUUUCAAAGUCGUUAUGGCUCCUUGCUGCAGCAUAAAUGGUUCGGAGAUGGAUAUAUUCUAUUGGGCUUCUCCAAUGGUCACGUUGUCGCGAUAUCAACGCACCCCAAAGACAUUGGGCAAGAACUGUGGCAGGUGAAGAACCAUAAAGAACUAUUGACGGGUCUAUCCUACUGCCCGGCCUUGGAAAUUGUUGCCUCAUGCGGAGAUGAUAACAUAAAAAUUCACUCGAUCACGAAUCUGCACGAAACGGAGAAAAUUAUUACGGUGCCUGACCAUUCGGGUGUUCAAAUGAUAGACUGGUCUGCUGACGGGCAGCUAUUGGCAAUAACAACAGUGACCGGUUCUAUAUACAUUUACGUUACAAAGUUGCCCUGCAAAUAUGCUGUCUCCGCUCCGCGAAUUGCGAUACUGAGUAGUCUGGCAGAGGUUUCAAUUUAUGUGUAUUCGCCAGAGAAGUCAAAAUCGAUUCCCUAUCGACAGGCAUUGGAAAUGGAACCUCAAUUCUUAGCUCUAGGCCCAUACCAUUUGGCGGUGGGAGUUGACAAGCAUGUGUGGUUUUAUGACCUGGGCAAGACGCUCGGAGACAAGCCAGAACCUUUAAGUGAACGAGAUUUUUCACAAUCCAUACAAGAUAUCCGACUGAAUGCGGACUAUUGCGCCAUAUACAGUCGGCCCCAGCUAGUCCUGCAGGCCAUCGUAGCCGACAACCCUAAUGUCAAAGAUAAACUAAUGCAAACAUUUCCGGCAGCUGUACCCACCCUCAACGAUACAGUAAUAACUUGCUUCUGCCUAACACAAGAAUAUUUGAUAUUUGCCACUGACAUUGGUCACCUCAUUUACUUUUCUUUGGAGAAGUGGGAAGUGUGUACAACAUUUCGACACAACAUGGGCAUUACGAAACUGUUCACCGACUCGGAGGGUACCAAGUUAAUAUUCAUGGAUGACCACGCACAAGGUUAUGUUUUUUUGCCAGCCUUCGAAGAAGCAAUCGUCAUAGCGGACUUUCCGAAAAAAUGUGAGCUUUGUUUGUGGGAUUUGGCAAGCCCGAACCACUUUAUUACGUACAGCGAAAGAAAUGUUGACACACAUGUCUUUGUGCGCUAUUCUGUCAACGGCAGACAUACACUGAAAGCAGGUGAAACGAAACUGAACCCAUCACAAAUUCCCUUAAUGCUGUGCGAUGGCGAUCUGGUAUUGUACAUAGACGGUGGGCAGUACGCAACACAGACCCUAUCAACCCAUGUUGUAAUUCCGGGAUCUAGUCAAGCCAAUAAUUUAAAGAACCAAUUGAAUCUACGAAAGUACAACGAAGCAUUCGACACCUGUGAAAAGAUCAAUUUAAAGGGAAGCUGGAUGGAAAUUGUCCAGCAAGCGUUGAUGGACUUGGAGCCGACAAUCGCCUUGAGAGCAUGUCGUCGAGCUGGCAACGUCGGCAUGGUAAGUGUGUUGGAGGACAUCCGCUACCUAGAGGAUGUCAACUUGGUUAGCGGUUUUUGUUGCAUGUUGCUGCAAAAAUACGAAGAAGCCAAAGCAUUCUUGCUAAAGGGAUCAUAUACCAAAGAUGCAUUAGAUAUCUGCAGGGACAUGCUGCAAUGGGAGCAAGCUUUAUUAUUGGCUCAUAAAUACGAGCCGGAUCAAGUGCCGUUUAUCGCAAGAGAAUACGCCCAGCAAUUAGAGUUUAAUGGCAAUUACACAGAUGCUCUGUACAACUAUGAAAAGGCAUUCAAGGAAGAUUUGUUGGAUACUGGGGACAUUCAACAGCUGAUUAACAGCUCACCCGAGUAUGAAGAUCACAUACGCUUGUGCAAAAUGGGUAUUGCCCGGACGUCUAUAAGAGCAGGCGAUUUCCGAAGAGGCAUUCAGUAUGCGGUUGAACUAAACGACAAACAGCUGUUGUUCGAUUGCGCUGAACUGCUGGCCACCGUGGGUCACAUUACCGAGGCAGCCGGGUUAUAUGAACGCGGUGGUUACUAUGAUGAGGCGUGCGCUCACUAUAUUUCCCUCAAGAUGUGGAAUAAAAUAGCUAACAUUUUGCCGAAUGUGAAGUCGACGAAGUUGCAUGGUCUCUAUGCCAAAGCCAAAGAGUCGGAUGGCCAAUUUGAAGAUGCUAUCCGAAGUUAUAGAGUAGCAGGCGAUUUGGAGGCGUGUGUACGAAUAUACUUGGAUCACCUUUGUGAUCCACAUUCUGCCUCAGAAAUUGUAACAGAGUCCAGAUCUAUGGAAAGUGCAAAGUUAUUGGCGAAAUUUUACCAAAAAAUUGGUGACAUGGAUCAGGCAUUGCAAUUCCUCGUAUUAUGUGGGUGUGUAGAAGAGGCAUUCUCUCUUGCCCAGAGGCACAACAAACUCAAGAGGCAUGGCGAGCUGCUGGAGAGGUAUGAAAAUGCAAAGUCAAGCGAUUAUUUGGCCCUUGCCCAGUACUUUGAAGGGGAGAAGUAUACACUGUUAGCUGGAAAGUAUUACUUUCUUGCACGAGAGUUUUCUAAAGCCCUGCGAUUCCUUCUCAAAGCAUCUGCAUUUUCUAAUGAGGAAUCCCAAGCCCUGUCUAUGGCUAUUGAUUGCGUUGCUACCUCGAACAAUGAACAAUUGUCUGCUCAGCUGAUUGAGUUUUUGCUGGGCGAAGUCGACGGGUCUCCGAAAGAUCCAAGAUAUCUCUUCAGAUUGUACAUGGCCAGGCGACACUACAAAGAUGCUGCAAAGACAGCAGUUAUCAUUGCGAAUCAGGAGCAGAUCUCAGGCAAUUACAAACUGGCACGAGACCUUUUGUACUCCAUGUACCAGGAAUUAAGGCGAAACAAUCUUUCAGUCACGGCCGAGAUGAGGCAUAACCUGAUAUUGCUACAUCGGUAUGCCUUAGUGCGUAUACAUGUAAAGCUGGGAAAUCAUUUAUUGGCAGCCAAACUGCUGGUCCAGGUGGCCGCUAAUAUAUCACAAUUCCCGGAACAUGUUAUUCCCAUAAUCACAUCGACUGUGAUUGAAUGCCAUCGAUCUGGUUUGAAAAAGUCAGCUUUCAUGUAUGCGUCCAUGCUCAUGAGACCCGAGUAUAGAAACAACAUUGACGCUCGUUAUGCAAAGAAAAUCGAAUCGAUUGUACGCAAAGCCCCAAAGGGAGUCAAGAAUUUCCGAGACGAAAUAGACGACGAAACUAUGGAGUGUCCAGUCUGUGAUGCCAAUUUGCCGAAUAUGGAAGUUAAUUGCUUUAGUUGCAAAACGAUUCUACCAAUUUGUAUAGCGACUGGCCAACACAUAACUAAACAGCACAUGACAUCGUGUCCGUCUUGCGAUUUCCCGUGCUUCAGAGCCGAAAUGGAAAACAUAUUGUCUGAGCUAAAUGAAUGUCCGAUGUGUGGUGAAAAUGUAGCUCCCGAGAAGCUGUUGGAUGUGGAGGACAUUCGCCCGUACAUAUUACCGUCGACAUAAUCCCCAAGCAUUGUGAUGUCGAGCAAAACUUGGGUAUAUUGGAUGUUCAAAAGUAAUAAUUGUAUAAAAUAGAGGCCGAUGGCGUAGUAUUUAAUUCGAAUAAUAGAAACAAUUAUAGAGAACCAAAACGAUGGGUUUUACUUAUACUACCCCUGCAAUCGAUAUUUAGAAUUGUUAAUAUUUUAGAAGUAUCUGACAUUUAAUUGCUUUCAUUCGAAUUCGAACUACUCUCAUUGCAAUUAUUUAAUUAAUUCAAUAUGUAGAAAUUUGUAAACAUUUCUUCGAGUUAAGUGAAUUUAGCAAUGUAUACAUCACCCCCUCCCCCAAAGCGGCAGUCAUGGGACGAUCGCCAUGAAAUGUUCUUUAAUAAAAUGGCCCAAGAACAUAUAUUUCUCUAUCAAACGCUAAAUUUUGAAAUAGAUUAGAGUUUAGAAGAGGAUAGAAGCCCAUAAUCUUGAAAAGUCCUCAGAUAAUGAAAGGCGGAUAAAUGGAACCACAUCGACUGCGACCUUCAUUCAGAAAUCGGAAAAAAAACUCAAUAUGUGAACGCGGGAAUCAUUAAUAGCUAUAAGUUUCCAACACCGUUUCGAAUUUCCACUAGCAUGAUGGGCGUAUAUACAGGUCAAUUGUCAAGAAAUUUUCAAUAGCAAAAAUAGACAAUGAUUGAAAUACACGAAAUGCUUUAUUUAACUA